UGUGUUUGCCCGCCAACGGUCACUCUGGCCAGCCACCGAAUUUCUUGCGGGCCGCUAAUAUUUGUUUACAUGCUAAUUGUUGACUGAAAACCUUUAUCACUGCAAUGGAGGACAGCCAAAUGGACACAAGCUCGCCGACAGAGUCCAGCUCCGAGGUGAACUUCACUGCGGAGGAGGAUAAAUCGCAGGAAACGCGUUCCGCAGCCGGCGUUUGUUACUGCGGCAAGGAGCGCAAUCUCAAUAUUGUGGAGCUGCUGUGUGCCACCUGUUCACGCUGGGUGCACGAGACCUGCGUUUCCUACCAGCUUGGUAAGGGUAAACUUCUGCCCUUCAUCACCAACUAUGUGUUCGUCUGUAAAAAUUGCUCUGCCAGCGGAUUGGAGAGCUUUCGCAAGAGCCAGGCUACCAUAUCCCAGAUGUGCCACUGUGCCAUUGCCAACAUGCAGCAGGCGGCUUCCAGGGACGGACGUCGCCAGAUUCAGUUUAGCAAGGACAAGGAGAUCAUACCGUACAUCGAACAGUACUGGGAGGCCAUGACCACCAUGCCACGCAGACUCACCCAGUCCUGGUACAGCACCGUCCAGCGAUCUUUGGUCAAGGAUGUGCAGACCCUGUUCACCUACGAGGAGCAUGCGGAACAUGGCGCCAUGUACGGACUAUUCCAUCAGGAUCUGCGAAUCAUCAAGCCCAACUACGAGAGCAUGAGCAAGAGCGGCGCCCUGCGACUCACCGACGAUGGAUAUACUCAAGCUUCCCUCUCCAAAAACAAUCGACAGAAAAGGAAAUUUCCCGGCACGGAUUCGGGUCCCACGGGCAAGAAGGGUCGGCCCAGUUCCGAUAUUACGGCCAAUGUAAAGUUGCCACCGCAUGGCUAUCCAUUGGAACACCCCUUCAACAAGGAUGGCUAUCGUUAUAUACUCGCCGAACCGGAUCCACAUGCUCCAUUUCGUCAGGAGUUCGACGAGAGCUCCGAUUGGGCUGGCAAACCUAUCCCCGGCUGGCUCUACCGCAUCCUGGUGCCACAUUCUGUGCUCCUGGCGCUGCAUGAUCGGGCACCACAGCUGAAAAUAAGCGAGGAUCGGUUGGCGGUGACGGGCGAACGUGGUUACUGCAUGGUCCGAGCCACACACUCUGUGAACCGGGGAUGCUGGUACUUUGAGGUCACCAUCGAAGAGAUGCCCGACGGAGCUGCCACGCGACUUGGCUGGGGCCGGGAGUACGGCAACUUGCAGGCUCCAUUGGGAUACGACAAGUUCGGUUACUCCUGGAGAUCUCGCAAGGGCACCAAGUUUACCGAGAGCCAUGGCAAACACUACAGUGAUGCCUAUGUGGAGGGCGAUACAUUGGGAUUCCUCAUAGAGCUGCCAGAGGAGGCGUCGCUCGACUAUCUGCCCAACACAUUCAAAGAUCGGCCCCUGGUCAAGUUCAAGUCUCAUCUGUACUACGAGGAUAAGGACAAGAUCACAGAAACCCUGAAAAAUCUGCACAUCCUGCAGGGCAGCCGCAUCGAGUUCUUUAAGAACGGUCAAUCGCAGGGUGUGGCAUUCGAAGACAUUUAUGCCGGCAGCUAUUUCCCGGCCAUCUCGAUCCACAAAAGUGCAACGGUCAGCGUAAACUUCGGACCCGCCUUCAAGUAUCCCGAGGUGCUCGUCGAGCACAAAGCCAAGGGGAUGCACGAUCGCGUGGAGGAGCUGAUCACAGAGCAAUGUUUAGCCGACACCCUCUACCUCACAGAACACGAUGGACGUCUGCGCUUGGAUAAUAUGGGUCUUUAGUGGGAUAUGUCGUCAUACACAUGAGUUUUGGAGAACUAGUGUGUUAUUUUUGUAUGCACUAUACUUUGGAAAGCAGAAAUUUGAAAAGACUAUCAUCAUACUAUCAUACCUAAAACAUUUAAAAUUUACCACUUUUAAAGCAGAAGAAUUUUAAGAAAACACUCUUUUGAGAUC